CUUCUCGCCAAAGAGCUCAAGGAGCUCUCCAGAAACCCCACCUACCACAUCUCGCUCGACAACGACAGCAUCUUCGACUGGACCCUGGGCCUUUACAUCGUCAACCCCGAGUCGCCCUGGCACCAUGCGUACUUGCAGGCAAAGAUGCACUUUCCGCUCAACUACCCCUUCUCGCCUCCCUCCUUCAAGUUCAGCCCUUCGAUCUUCCACCCAAACGUCUACUCCGACGGGCGGGUUUGCAUAUCCAUCCUCCACGAGGCGGGCAACGUCUACCAGGACGAGCCCUCGAACGAGAACUGGUCGCCUGCCCAGUGUGUCGAGAGCAUCAUCAUGAGCAUCGUGUCCAUUCUUGACGACCCCAACAUCAUGUCGCCCGCCAACAUCGACGCCAGUAACUUGUGGCGAGACAACAAGGACGUUUACAACGACAGCGUCAAGAAGUUUGCCGAACGAACACACAUAUACAUCCCGGAGGACUUCGACAUCCCUUCCGAUAAAGUAGUUGUCGGAACUACUGCCCAGGAUGAGGAAGACGACUGGUACUUUGAAGACGAAAGUGAGGGCGAAGAAGAAGAGGAGGAGGAAGAAGACCAGAUGUCCUACGAAGAAUCUGAGGCCGAAAUGAGCGAGGAUUACGAAGAGGAAGAAGAG